AUGUUUCUCUAUGGGGGUCAGAAGAGGCCUCUGGACCCCUACAAGAGGCCUCUGGACCCCUACAAGAGGCCUCGGGACCCCUACAAGAGGCCUCUGGACCCCUACAAGAGGCCUCUGGACCCCUACAAGAGGCCUCGGGACCCCUACAAGAGGCCUCUGGACCCCUACAAGAGGCCUCUGGACCCCUACAAGAGGCCUCUGGACCCCUACAAGAGGCCUCUGGACCCCUACAAGAGGCCUCGGGACCCCUACAAGAGGCCUCUGGACCCCUACAAGAGGCCUCUGGACCCCUACAAGAGGCCUCGGGAUCCCUACAAGAGGCCUCUGGACCCCUACAAGAGGCCCCUGGACCCCUACAAGAGGCCUCGGGACCCCUACAAGAGGCCUCUGAACCCCUACAAGAGGCCUCUGGACCCCUACAAGAGGCCUCGGGACCCCUACAAGAGGCCUCUGGACCCCUACAAGAGGCUUCGGGACCCCUACAAGAGGCCUCUGGACGCCUACAAGAGGCCUCGGGACCCCUACAAGAGGCCUCUGGACCCCUACAAGAGGCCUCUGGACCCCUACAAGAGGACUCGGGACCCCUACAAGAGGCCUCUGGACCCCUACAAGAGGCCUCUGGACCCCUACAAGAGGCCUCGGGACCCCUACAAGAUGCCUCGGGACCCCUACAAGAGGCCUCUGGACCCCUACAAGAGGCCUCGGGACCCCUACAAGAGGCCUCUGGACCCCUACAAGAGGCCUCUGCACCCCUACAAGAGGCCUCUGGACCCCUACAAGAGGCCUCUGGACCCCUACAAGAGGCCUCUGGACCCCUACAAGAGGCCUCUGGACCCCUACAAGAGGCCUCGGGACCCCUACAAGAGGCCUCUGGACCCCUACAAGAGGCCUCUGGACCCCUACAAGAGGCCUCGGGACCCCUACAAGAGGCCUCUGGACCCCUACAAGAGGCCCCUGGACCCCUACAAGAGGCCUCGGGACCCCUACAAGAGGCCUCUGAACCCCUACAAGAGGCCUCUGGACCCCUACAAGAGGCCUCGGGACCCCUACAAGAGGCCUCUGGACCCCUACAAGAGGCUUCGGGACCCCUACAAGAGGCCUCUGGACGCCUACAAGAGGCCUCGGGACCCCUACAAGAGGCCUCUGGACCCCUACAAGAGGCCUCUGGACCCCUACAAGAGGACUCGGGACCCCUACAAGAGGCCUCUGGACCCCUACAAGAGGCCUCUGGACCCCUACAAGAGGCCUCGGGACCCCUACAAGAUGCCUCGGGACCCCUACAAGAGGCCUCUGGACCCCUACAAGAGGCCUCGGGACCCCUACAAGAGGCCUCUGGACCCCUACAAGAGGCCUCUGCACCCCUACAAGAGGCCUCUGGACCCCUACAAGAGGCCUCUGGACCCCUACAAGAGGCCUCUCUGA